GGCAAGGUAAAGCUGAGGUCUUUACACAGGUGUUCAAGAUGUCUAUGUUCAGCAGUUUGCCCGAUCUUCGCCAGGCGGCGCUAAAUCAGACCGCCCGCCCGCUGCUCGACACCACCCCUCGGUACCAGCCCUUCAAGACACCGGACCAGAUUCUGGAGGAGAAGAAGGGACGUCUUCGGUUCGGCUGGUUCGGCUUCACUCCUGACUUCCUCCAGUUCUUCAACACUUCGAGAUGGCUGGUCUUUUUCAUGAGUAUCGCCGCCUAUGUGGAUUGCACAACGAUGGCAUUUAUACCCGGCAUCGUUUCCACCCUGGAGAAGCGAUUUGAGAUGUCCAGCGCUCAGAGUGGCUUCAUCAUUAGCUCCUCUCAGAUCUUCGCCCUCGUCACUGUGCCAAUCAUCACGCACAUCGGCGGGAAAUAUCACAAGGGCAAGCUGAUUGGCCUUGGAGUUCUGAUGUUCGGAAUCGGCGCUUUUCUGUUCGCAUCACCACAUUACUGGACAGGACCGUACAAAGUACCGGGUGGAGGUUUCAUGAUGAAUAUGACGUCAUCUCUGAUGCCCAACACCCUCUGUCAAGCCUCGACCAAUGGCAGCUCAGCUGAACAAUGUGGAGGAUCCAGCCAAAACUACAGCGACCUUAGCAACUACCUGUACGUGUUCGUGGUAGCCCAGUUCUUCCUGUGCCUGUGUGGAGGUCCCAUGUUUACCGUGGGGGUCGCCUAUCUGGACGAGAACGUCAAGAAAAAGGUUUCUGGCGUCUAUGUUGCUGUCCUGUACACAGUAGCCUGUGUGGGCCCGAGCAUCGGGUUCCUUGUGAUCGCCCAGCUUCUGAGCCUGUAUGUGGAGUGGCCGAGCGAGGACGGAUACUCGGCCGGCCUGACUCCAUGGGACCCUCGGUGGGUUGGUAACUGGUGGUUGGGGUUCCCUGUGCUGGGGUUCCUGGGCAUUCUCGUGGCCAUUCCACUUUUGGCAUUUCCUCGCAAGCUGCCAGGUUCCGAGGAGUUGGAGGAAGAGGAGGAAGAGGAGCUGCCGACAAAAGCAGACAUCGUCAAGACUGAAGACGACAAAGCAGGAGUCGGCUUGAAGGGGAAGCCUGUAGAAGCCUUGAAGGAUCUACUAAGAUCUUUGAGGGAUCUUCUGAAGAGUUACGCAUUUUCUCUCCUCACUCUUGGAGUGUCAAUCGACGCCAUGGCAUACAUGGGACUUUUCGCCUUUGCACCCAAAGUAUGCGAGCUGCUUUUUGGACUGUCAGUUAUGUCAUCCUCGACGUACUUCGGGCUGUCCAUGGUUCCCGGAGCGGCGUUAGGAUCCUUGAUCGGCGGAUGGAUCAGUAAGAAGAUAGGAGUGAACUGUAAGCGGCUGUUACUGUAUGUCUUCGCCGCCUUCGUGCUGUCAGGACUGGGGGUGUUUGUUUUCCUCAUGUACUGCCCAGAGGCACACAAAGCGUACGUCAGCAUAGACAAUAGUAUGACCUGCUCUACUGAGUGCGGCUGCGCAGACAGCCUGUACGACCCGGUGUGUGGCGGGAACGGUGUGGAGUAUCAGUCUCCCUGUCAUGCCGGCUGUGCCGCUAAAAACUACACAACUAUGAUGUACACCGGCUGCGGCUGUAACCUGGGCGGAGGGAUACAGAGCAACGUCACCACAAACGUGACGUCAUAUGCCACCCACGGCGCAUGCCCGAGGAACUGCGGUUCUCACGUCCUGCCUGUGUUCUUCGUGGUCCUGUUUCUCAUGGGCUUCAUCGGUUCAACCGCCGGACCUGCCUUUACAGCUGUCACAUUGAGGCUUGUUCCCCCCAAGCUGCGUUCAUUUGGACUCGGGAUGCAGUGGACUCUCAUGCGGAUCAUUGGUAUGAUUCCGGGACCAAUAGUUUACGGCCGCGCCAUGGACAACGCAUGCGUACAGUGGCAGACCUCCUGCGGCCAACGAGGUGCCUGUCUGGUUUACGACAGCCGCAAAGUGGGUCUGUUCGUGUUUGGGUUGGGUACGGGGCUGAGAGUUGUGGGUGUUGCCUUGUGUUUCCUGGCGUAUCUGGUAUGCAAACCAACACCCGAAGAUACUCCUGACAAUGAUGAUGACAAAAAUGUUCUCAAAUCUGACAAAGAAGCCCAAGCUUGAGUAAUUUUGCCUGUCAUUG